AUGACAGCUACAGAGAGAGAAGAAGAAGGCAAUUCAUCCACCACGAAUAUUGUAGAAAUCAAGAACGAACUAGUUGAAUUUGAACCAGAACCAGAACAAGAAGAUAUUAACGGUCUGUUGAACCUAGCGUCGAAGGAUGCCUAUUUCUAUGAUGGUCAACCUCAAAUAGAGAUUGAGAAGGAGGAAGAUGCCGAAGAAUCUGAGAGGUCAACGAAACGAAUAAGAACCGCAGAACCCGACGAAGAAGAAUCAUCGUCGAUAAAGAAUGCCUCGAAUUUGGAUGUAAAUCAACUUGAAUUGGGAAUCGAUCCUCUUGAAGUAAUGGAGGAAAUCAUAUUGAAAUACCACGACCUCAUUAACGAAAUAUAUCAAAUGUUGAAAGAUGAACAGAAAGAUGAACAGAAAGAUAAACAGAAAGAUGAACAGAAAGAUGAACAGAAAGAUGAACAGAAAGAUGAACAGAAAGAUGAACAGCAAGAUGAACAGAAAGAUGAACAGAAAGAUGAGCAGGAAGAUGAGCAGGAAGAUGAACAGACAGAUGAACAUAAGAAAGUAAAAAUCCAAUGGCAGAAAUGGCGAGAUAUUCUUGACAAAGGAAAUCUGAUGGUUGAGGAUCUGAAUGGAAGUUUGAAAACGGUGGAAAUAGAAAUGGAAUGGAUGAAAUCCGUAGAUGAAUUACAUAGAGAAUAUUCUAUAAGAAAAACCCAUGUUCCUGAUCUACUAGCUUUACUUCGAGACAUAAAUGAGCGUAUAGAAUCAUCACCUAAUUUCAAAGUUGUUUCAGACAUGAAGAAAAGGGAUGGAGUGUUAAAAAUGUGUUUAGAUGAACUUGAGACAUCCCAGGAAGAAUUGGCUGAAAUGGUUGAAGUAAUCCAAGAACUGAAGGAAUUACAUUUACAAGAUGAUGAAGAUGAUGAAGCUGUAGCAGGUAGAAUACUGGAAGAAAUAGGAGUUGAAGAGGUUGAAAAAUUUAAUGCAGAAUUUGAUGAAGUGCUAAAAGAAAUGGAUGAACUUGAUGAUGUGCUAAAAGAAAUGGGGUAUAGAACCUGCUGA